UGAUGCCUACUCUGUGUCUCCUGCUCUUUGUGAUAUACAGCCUGGGAGAUAAGCUACACAACUUUGUCGCUGGUGUAUUCAUCCCACAAUACCACUAUCCAUAUGCAGUUGCCCUAUGCUUUGGAAAGGUUAUGAUCUCUGUGUUAUUUUUAAAUCUGCUACAUUUGUUGGGCACAGUGUCUCUGCAUAGUUACUCCAGAGUACUUGGUGAGAAGCUGCUUGUGCCGUCUAUCUGCAGCAGCAUCUAUGGUGUGCUGUCUAUGUGGGCCAAAGCCAACAGCUCAAACUCUGGUCUGUUCCCCCUUGUUCUGCCUUUGCUAACCCUGUUUACUAUGGUUUUGAGUUUUCUCCUCAACCUGCAGUCUCCGCUGUCCACACUUAUCUCUAUUUUAAUUUCCUUCUUUAGUGGAACUACUUUUGUUGUCACAGUCUUUCAUGGUGUGUCUAGUGUGGACUUUUUGGAGUACAUAUAUGCACCUCUGGCAUUGAUCCUCUUCUGUGUUUCUCUGAUUUGGCUGGCCAAAGUGUCAGAAGUGGAGCGUCAACAUCCCCUCGUUGCUCAAGCCUCGGUUUUUGACAUCUACUAUGCUCACUUGGUCAAUCAGAGUGGGGUGCUGGGACUGUUGUGGCUCUUACAUUCAGACAAUCCAUGGUGUGUUUUGAGUCAAGGAAGCUGGCACAGUCUGCUCUUUCAUGGGUACCUGGCAGCCAUUCUACUUUUAGGAAUGGUGCUCAAUUUCUUUGUUGGUAUAACUGUUUUAUGUUUCUCUCCUGUGGUUGCUGCGCUUCUCCACUCUGCAUAUCCACUUGCUCUGUUUUUUCUACAGUUCAUAUAAAAUGAAGAGGACAGUUGAAUAUGGAUCCAUCCGAGACCUUAAAAUGUCCAUCUUUUUAUAAUUUUUGACAAUGUUAAGUUUAUUAUUGCACUUUGGUUCUGAAAAGUGACACAGUAUCCCUGUAAAGAUCAG